AAAAAUUUUUAAAAAAUUAAAAGAUAAAAACACAGGGACAGGAUCUUUUUUAUUAAGCAAAGCAAUCGAAAUCAGCAAGAUGCUGGCCUGUACGGAGAUGAUCACCAUGUGUCUUCAGUCCGCCAAGCACGAACACUUGAGAAAGCAGCAGGAGCUUGACCACAACCAAAACCAAGGCAUCUCUCUCGUCCAGGAUAUAUUCCGCCGGGCAGACAAAAAUGACGAUGGGAAGCUAUCCUUGGAGGAGUUCCAGUCGUACUUCACUGAUGGUAUCCUCACCGACGAGCAGAUGCAGGAGCUGUAUUACUCCAUUGACAGGCAGCAGACAGACAACCUGGACAUAGACAAACUCUCAGAGUACUUCACUCCACAUCUGGGAGAAUAUGUCAACGUCCUGUCUGCUCUGGAAAAGCUGAACGUGGUCAUUUUGAAGGCCAUGGAUAAAACUAAAGAGGAGUAUCAGGGUUCAUCAGUGCUGGGUCAGUUUGUGACGCGCUUCCUGCUGAGGGAGACCUCCACCCAGCUGCAGUCCCUUCAGUCAUCACUGGACUGCGCUAUGGAGGCUGUUCAUGACCAGGGCUGCACAGGGAGGAGGAUACUGAAGAAGCCCGAGGACCUGCCUAUCCAGAGGGUGGCCAAACGUCCCGGCAGACGCAUCCAGAAGAACAUGUGUCUCUCCCCUACUGACCCCUACUCUGGCAUGCUCACCACAGGGGUCAGUGUGGAACCAGACAACCACUGGGGCUCCCAGAUCAACCAACUGGAGCAGCUCAUAGACAAACUGGAGUGUGAGAGUCCACAUCUUGAACCUCUCAAAGAGGACACAUUGGCAGGGACGUAUAAAUCGAACAUACUUCUGGUCCAGAGACAAAUGUCUGUGAAGGAGAGGGAUGUGGAGCAGUUUCAGCAGGCUCUUAAAAUCUACACAGAUGCCACCUGCAGCCAGCUAAACAACCUGCACGUUUCAGUCCAGAACCUGCCAGACAGAUCAUGCUUCAUCAUGUAUGAAUUUUGGCAGGACCGUCUCUCCUGGAUGAGCUACCUGCAGUCAUCCAUCAGUAAGACCUUCCAGCGCUGCAUUAUUGACUCACUGGAAGAGCCCGAGAUGGUCUCCACCAUGCUUCUCCCAGCCUCUUGGUGGAUUAUGAACAACAACUGACAGCAAAGCUGCUGCUACUCGACACAAUAAAAGCAGGAGGAAGAGGCGAUUGUAUGAUCGCUUUAUCGUUUUUGUUCUUUGAUAUCCACUUUUUCCUCAUGGCAUGAGCAGGAUUGUCUUCGCAGAGCUUUGCUCCGAGGUUAUUAAAAAAGAAGACUGCUUGGAUAAAUAAAUAAGUCAACAGUGAAAUAAAUUAAAACAUUGGAGAGAAAGAACUGAGGUAAUGCAAUAUUUUAUUGUGUGAUCAGGAUCUGUGCCAACAUUCAUUUAACAGUAUUGGUACAUUUCUUGCUUCUGUUUUAAUAGAAAAAAAAAGAUUUGCAUGAUUUCUUAUUUCUCAGUGCUAGUUUAUUUCAAUCAAAACUACAUCUUAGAAUAGAUAUAAUGUCAGUGAUGGCACAAAAAAAUAGAAACACAUGAAUGACAACUGAUAUGUCCAUCUCUCAUUCUUCAGUACAAACAAAAACAGAAAUAGUGCUAGGGUUAACCUGCAUCCCCCCUUGUUCUCUUUGUGGUAUUGUGCUUUGUUGUCUCCUUCAAAGCUUUGCUACCAAGCGUUUUUUUGUUGAUGGGUUUGACAGCCAUUAGAUAGAACAUAGUUAAUGAACAAUUAUGGUUCACAUCUAAACUUUUAUCAUCCGUGUGUCACUCUUGCACUUUAGAAAAAUACGAAACGUGGACCUAAUUGUGAAGAAUGGAUAUUUAUUGUAGAUUGUCUAUUGAAAAUGUAGAAUUAACUGGUGUUAUAACAAGCCAAGAGCUGCACUCAAGUGUAGCGAGACAUUAGCGGACGAUAACAAUUAACCAAAUAAUUCUGCAGUUUACCUGUACUGUUACUCUAGAAAUAAAACUCAAAAGCCAUUAUUUUACAUUUGCGGUGUUUAAUCGGAAGAGUUUACAGCACACACAAAUAGAAGUUUAUAUUUUGAGUACAGAAAUGAAGCAGAACCUGUUCAGUGUGUUGACAUUAGAAAGUCUAUUUAAGAUUGUGUACAGUAGUUAAUGAAAGCUGUAAGAUGUAAGUAGUUGUUGUAGAACAGUGGUAAAUGUACAGUAUGAUAGUAUAUUGAGCUCCGGUUGCUCCGAAGAGGAAUGAAUGUGUUCACUCUUUCUUUAAAGUGUUUAUUAUUUAUUUGAUCAGGAAUAUACAUUUGUUAUGUGGAUGCUAUGUUUGUUUUCUGGCAUGAAAUAAAGUUUAUGACUUGUUGAUGA